GUAUCAGUCAAAUCGCUUUAUUAACGGCUUCACAACACCCGGUCAUCUCUUUUUCAAGAGAGGACACCGACAACACCGGGAAUGUAAGGAACAAAAUAGUUUUAUUUUUUAAUUUUUAUAAUAAAGUGCUUAAAAUUGUUUAUUUUAAUAUUUUUAAUACGUUAUACGCUCCUUUUACGUAAGAAGAUUUCACAUUUUUUGCUUCCAGUAUUGAAAUAAAAUUUCAUUGUGAGAUCCAUACUUUUUACGCAUCAUGUAACCUGUAUAGGUAUCCGUCCAUCUAUCAUCUUCAUAAAUAUAAAUAAAUUAAAGUUCGUUCAAGUGUAUGUACUUAUUGUGUUGCAAAACGCUUGAUCCAUCUGUCAUAUUUAUUUUAUUGUUUUGUUAUUUAAUCAAGUCAUCUGAAAUGAGUUUAAAAUAAAAAACGCUACACGCAAUAGCUCGACAACAAAUAUAUGAUUCUAUUGUUUUCGAUUGUUACGAUUAGUGUAGCUUCUGGCUUUUGUUUUCGCUCUCCUAUUAUACUUAUAUAUGUCGAAAAGUUCACCUGCAUGUUGCUGCAGUGGAUAUGCUGGAAGCUGAAUAUCUGAUUGAUAGGUAACCUCUAAAGAAACGUUAUUUGACACCUAAUACAACUAAGCUUCAUCAACAAUUCGCAACCAACUAAUAUAGAAGUAAAUUGUUUUAUAAAAAUUACCGACGGGGAGAGUCGGAGACCACUUAGGUAUACCUAUAUGUAUAGAAACGAAUUGGCGCCAAAAAUGGCGUUGCCACAGCGUAACCAUAGCAACGCGAGCAUAGUCUGUCCAGACCGUGUCGGUUUUUUGUCACAAUUUUACAAGUUUUGAUGGUUUAUUUUUAUAUUUUUUUGCGUACAAAUGCUGUGACCAAUAAUGGAAGAUUUCACCAGUCCAAAUUUACAACUAAUUCUAGGAGUAAAGGAGGGAAGUCAUUUCGAUAGAGUCCUGAAGCCAACAAUCAUUAUAGCAACUUUAAAUGGUCACUGCCUUGAAACUAAGAAAAUUCAACCAGAUUGUAAUCCUCAGUAUGCUACAGAUUUGAUAUGGGAUACGGAUAAGAAUGCUUUGAGAAAAAUGAGAUGUAAUCAAACUCCAAUAAAAGUCGAAUGUUACGCCGUUAAUGACAAUGGCAGUCGCGAAAAGCUUGGAUAUAUUUUACUUAGUGUACGGUGUGCCCAAAUCAUUCAUCGUGAUAAAGAAUCAAAUAUCAAAACGAAUUGGCAUAAUAUACUAGGAGUGAGGAAUGACUUCAACAACUGUAAACCACAGUUGCUGCUUUAUUUGAUUAUCAAAGAAAAAACUAAUAAUCUGAUGUCUAAGGAAGAUGCACUGCCUAAAUCAAUUUAUUCAGAUAUUGCACCUGUGUGGCUUGAAGAUGAAUGUCUAAUACAACUGGGUCCAUUAGAAACUUGCCAUGACAUGUUUUUGUUAAAUAUCAUAACUGAAGCUGCAACUAAUUUAAAUUACUUGAACCAAGAAUUUAAAGAAAAUGGAAAUAAUGAUUUUGCCUUCAGUUACAAUGUUUUUGACACUAUAAUCAAACUUAAGCCAUUCAGACCAGAAUUUGAUAAAAUAUUGAUUAAUGAAAAAAUAACGAUAAAAAUAAGAACAUCUAUGACUGUACUCAUGAACUAUCUGUACACCAAGCCACAUUUUUUUGUCAAAUUAAAGCACAAAAGCUUCAUGAUAGGGCAAUCAGAAGUUGAUUUACGGUUUUUAAUAACUACAAGUAGUCUACAGGAAUUUAGGCAACUGAACAAAAAUGCUACUUCUGCGCUAGAUCAUUACUGUGUCUUUAAGAAUCUCCAUUCUAAGGAAUGUAAGGGAGAUUAUAGAAGAGGAGGUGAAGAAAUUGAUAAAUUACCAAGUUUGAAAAUCCAUGUACAAUUGCAAAGUAUAGAAUCAAAGGGUGUGACCAGCGAGGGAAAUAUAUCUAAUUAUCAUUACUCACCAAGACCACAGGUAGCACAGAAUAAUCCUGUUUCACUACUAAAACAACACAACUAUUUUGAAGGACAAAAGAGUCACUCAAAUUUCCAUAACAGAGUACCAAGUGUAUCAUCGUUGGAAAAAAUGAUUCAUUUUCCUGAAAGAUCUGCACAUCACAAAAAUACAUCCAUAAUGAAUAAUGGCUUGCAUCAUAGUAUGGAAAAUGUCUCUAAACCUACAAGUAAUCAUAACAGUUACUGUUUGAAUGUUCAUCUGGACUCCAUCAAGUUUUUUGAUUCUAAAUCUGAUGUAAAAAAUAUCGAAUUCAGAUUUUAUCAUCCUCAUGGUGAGAUAAUUACUACCAUUAGUAAAAGUGUUUCAGUCACAGCAGAACAAACUAUACAACUGAAAGAUGUCAAGUGUAAAUUGCAUUUCAUAUCUCCUUCUGAUGAAAUAGAACAGUUAUUGACGACAUUUGCUCCUAAAAUCAAUAUUUCUGAUACAACUUUUAGUGAAAGAAAAUGUAUUGCCCAAAUAUCCUUGGAUGUCAAAAGAUUGUUUGUUGGAGAAAAGCCAGAAUGUCAUUAUGUAGAUUCACUUGUAGAUUGUCAUAUGCGUAAGGAAAUUGGAAAUGCCGAGAUAACUAUGGUUCUUGAGGAUUAUAAUCUCUCAGCAUUAAAUAGGAUCCAGAAAGGAACACCGGAAACAGUAUUGGACAACAGUUUGGCUUAUAAAAUCGUAGACGAGUUAGAAACUUGGAAGGAAAGGCAAAAAGAGAUGUUCAAAGAUGAGUUACGGAAAAAAGAGGAAAUGCACUUGAGAUUACUAAAUGAGGAAUGGCAAAGGCGACGUGCAUGUUUGGAAUCGCAAUUAGCAACAAACGUUGAACAAUGCAAAGUUUUGGCUAGCAAUUUAAGCAAAGCUACUGAAGAUUUACGAACACGAAAAAUUCAGAGUUUAGAAAAGGAAACAAAAUUGAUACAAGCUAACGAAGAGCUACAGUGGAAAUACGAUCGAAAAUUACACCAGUUGCAAAAUGCUCUCCAAAAAAUGCAAGAGGAAUUUUCGUCAAAACUCAUGAGUUUGGAAGAGCAGAACAGAAGCUUACUUUCACAAAUCGAACUUUUGAACGAGAAAAACUAUGAACUAGAAAAGAUUCGACGCGAUCAAAACGAAAAAAUAGAAGCGCAUAAGAAAGCAUCAUUGACUGAAGAUCAAACAACGUCUGUAUUACAACAAUUGAAAAAUCUAGAGGAAAAAUUGGACAAGGCUCAAAGGAGUAAAGCAUUUUUUAAAGAACAAUGGAGUAAGGCUGUCAAAGAGAUACAUAUGCUAAAAAUGGAAAAUCAACAAGCCGUUGAGUGCCAAAUAAGAAACAGUAAAACUGAACUAGAUAACUUAGAUUUGGAAGAGAUUUUACAUGCCGACUCGACCGCUCUUACUUAUGAUCAAAUGGCUUUAAACCAAAUACAGCGAGAAAUUGACAUAAUGCACCCAGAAUCCGGUCUACAGUAUUUCAAAUCAAAUACCAGUGAUCGUAUAUUGAAUUCGCUAACUGAUAUAUGCUCGAAUAACGAUCGAAACUAUCCAAGAUCAGAUAUAUCAACAAAUUCCAGUUCGAGUGACGGAAAGCUCAAUAUGCUCAUAGAGAAGCGUGAUUCUCUUUUAAAAAAUGGCAACUUCACUAGCGAAGACGGAGUCAUAAUUAAACUGAACGCAGAAAUAAGAUCGAUAUUAAUGAAAAGCUGAUGUUAAUUUUGUUUUUCAUAGGAAAAUUUAAUGCCACAAGAGUCUUAUAAGUUAAUUGUACAUAAUGAGUCAUCGACUUUUAAAUUAUAAUCGUGUGUAAAUGCAUAUGUGAGUGCAUCAACAUAAAUUUGUACAUACGUGAAUAAUGUAUAAAGUUAAGAGAUACCAAAAACUACUGCAGAAAUCGGUGAUUCUUUUGUCAAACUUUGUAGAAGUAAGGAAGAACGUUGAGUGGAGCCGGAUAGUCGUUAAGCCACAUAGGACCAGCGUAAAGUUUAUCACUAUUCGCGUCCUUCCAGUUACCUGUGGGAAGGUAGACGUCGCGACUGAGUGCGCCCUCUUCGAUCACUGGCGCUACCAGGAUUUCUUCUCCGAGAAGAAAGGAAGCAUACCGUCGUUGAUUUGGUGGGCUGGCAUGUUCAAAGGAUCAACCCACCAGAUGGGUGGAUUGACAGGCGCUCCUGUCUCCACUGCUUUCUUCAUGAGAGCCACUAUCUUCGGCGCUAUCUUAGCGUGCAGAUCAGUGAAAGUCUUGCAGAUGGUGAUAGUCUGAAAAUGAAGUUCAAAAAUAAAACUUUCCAUCGACAAAUACUGAAAAAUUUUUUAGUCAGUGAACUUACCUCAGCGUCAAAGUCCCAAGAUCGAAUCCACAACAGUGACACUUCCUUCCCACGACGGUGUCACACAGUUUGCGAUGCACUUUUUUCCACGGAUGGACAUCGACUGACGAGGUGAUCGAAUUGAAGCGACUCUCGGAGCUGUAAAGAUAACACGGAUCGUCCAAGAACAGCAUGCGAUCGAUAGAUUACUCUGAUGUUUUUCCGCGCGUGUGUGUGUAUAUGACCCUGUGUAAACCAACUGUAUCAACAAACAUUCGCAGUAAGAUUGA